CGUUGGUAACACCAUCAGAAGGGAUGAGAGCGAAUUCUAGUUUCUUUUCUCUCUAAACAUUCUGGUCUUCUUCUUCUGCCUUCACGCGUCAUUUCACACAGCGGAAUCGUUUGGGUUUCUUUAUUUCCCUUCCAGUUGGGAUUCUUUGCAUUUGUACUCUUAACGUCCACGCUUAGUCGUACAUUCGCCACCAUCUCGAUCCCCAUGUGCAUUUAAACCCAGCAAAAGGGGAAAAGAAAACCACAAAUCAUACUGGAAUCAUAACCAAAAAGCGGACGAACAUCUGGAGUAACCAUGGCUCCCGGCCUCGUUAUUCCGGACCCCGCGGUCCCAGACCAGCAAUCGCACUCCCUCUCCUCCCUUACAUCCACCUACGACGACACCCUCCGCUUCUACCUCAACGGCACAAAAGUCGUCCUCGACGAUGCAGACCCGGAAGUCACGCUGCUCGAAUACCUGCGCGGCAUAGGGCUCACGGGCACGAAGCUGGGCUGCGCGGAGGGCGGCUGCGGCGCCUGCACGGUCGUCGUCUCGCAGUUCAAUCCCACGACCAAGGAGAUCUACCACGCGAGUGUGAACGCCUGCCUCGCGCCCCUGGUGAGCGUCGAUGGUAAGCAUGUCAUCACGGUCGAGGGCAUCGGGAACGUAAAGAGGCCGCAUCCUGCGCAGGAGAGGAUUGCGAAGGGGAAUGGGAGUCAGUGUGGGUUUUGUACGCCGGGUAUUGUCAUGAGCCUGUACGCUCUUCUGCGAAAUAACGAAGCUCCCAGCGAACACGAUGUCGAAGAAGCGUUCGACGGCAACCUCUGCCGAUGCACAGGAUACAGGCCGAUUCUAGAUGCUGCACAGAGCUUCAGCGUGAAGAAGGGCUGCGGGCAAGCGACUGCGACCGGCGGAGGUGGAUGCUGCAUGGAGAAGAACGGCAAUGGAGGCGGCUGUUGCAAGAGCGGCGGUUCCGAUGGAGGAGAAGUGCAACCCAUUAAACGAUUCACUCCCCCAGGAUUCAUCGAAUACAAACCGGACACUGAGCUCAUUUUCCCUCCGUCCCUGCGCAAGUACGAUUUCAAGCCGCUCGCGUUUGGAAACAAGAGGAAGAGGUGGUAUAGGCCGGUGACUCUACAGCAAUUGCUCGAGAUCAAGAGUGUGUAUCCUUCCGCUAAAGUCAUCGGUGGCAGCACAGAAACACAGAUCGAGACAAAGUUCAAGGGAUUGAACUACACCGCUUCGGUUUUCGUCGGCGACAUCGCAGAGCUGAGGCAAUACUCUUUCAAAGACGACUACCUAGAAAUAGGAGGAAACGUCGUCUUGACGGAUCUAGAGAAGAUAUGCAAGGAGGCCAUCGACCACUACGGAGAGACUCGGGGUCAGCCCUUCGCCGCGAUCCUAAAGCAGAUCCGUUACUUCGCUGGUCGCCAGAUCCGGAACGUGGGUACGCCAGCAGGAAACUUGGCUACGGCCUCCCCGAUCUCAGAUCUGAACCCCGUGUUCGUUGCGAGUAACACGACGCUCGUCGCGAAGAGCCUGGACAAGACGACCGAGAUCCCAAUGUCGACAUUCUUCAAAGGCUACAGACAGACUGCGCUUCCGCCGGACGGGAUCGUCGCGAGUCUGAGGAUCCCCGUGGCGAGCGAGAAGGGCGAAUUCAUGCGUGCGUACAAGCAGGCGAAGAGGAAAGAUGACGAUAUCGCGAUCGUGAAUGCUGCCCUGCGGGUGUCGCUCGGGGAGGACGAUGUGGUGGAAAGCGUAGAUCUUGUGUAUGGUGGUAUGGCGCCGACGACCAUCGCUGCAAAGAAGGCAAUGGAGUUCCUCCAAGGGAAGAAGUUCACUGAGCUCAAGACGCUCGAAGGUGUCAUGGAUGCCCUCGAGGAGGACUUCGAUCUCAGGUUCGGGGUGCCUGGUGGCAUGGCGACGUAUCGGAAGUCGCUUGCACUCAGCUUCUUCUACAAGUUUUACCACGAAGUCCUUGGCUCACUGCAUACUAAAGAAGUGGAUGUCGAUACCCAGGCUGUCGGCGAGAUCGAGAGAGAAAUUUCCGUCGGAGCUAAGGACCACAAGGUUGCGGAGGCGUACGAGCAGAAGAUUCUCGGAAAGGAACGACCGCAUGUUGCCGCGCUGAAACAAACCACUGGAGAAGCACAGUACACGGACGACAUACCCGUGCAGAAGAACGAACUCUAUGGAUGCCUGGUGCUUUCUACGAAAGCACAUGCUAAACUGUUGAGCGUAGAUCCAGAGCCUGCGUUGGACCUUCCAGGAGUCGCAGCAUGGGUGGACCACCGGGAUCUUCCAUCUCCAGAGGCCAACUGGUGGGGAGCACCUAAUUGCGAUGAGCUGUUCUUCGCCGUUGACGAAGUUGUCACCGCCGGGCAGCCCAUAGGAAUCAUCCUUGCCGAUACUGCCAAACGUGCAGAGCAAGCAGCCCGCGCAGUCAAAGUCGAGUAUGAGGAUCUGCCCGCGAUCUUCACCAUCGAAGAAGCUAUCGAGAAAGAAAGUUACUUCCCGCACUUCCGAUAUAUCAAGAAUGGAGAUCCAGACAAGGCUUUCGCUGAGGCAGACCAUGUCAUCACUGGUAUUGCACGCAUGGGCGGCCAGGAGCACUUCUACCUCGAGACGCAGGCUUGCGUUGCCAUUCCCAAGCUUGAGGAUGGUGAGAUGGAAGUGUUCAGCAGCACACAAAACCCGACCGAGACUCAGGCAUACGUUUCGAAGGUCACGGGCGUCGCUGCAAACAAGAUCGUGUCCCGUGUCAAGCGCAUGGGAGGUGGGUUUGGAGGAAAGGAGACGAGGUCAAUACAGCUUGCGGGUAUUGUGGCGUGUGCUGCGAAUAAGGUUCGACGACCGGUGAGGUGCAUGCUGAAUCGAGACGAAGAUAUCAUAACGUCUGGACAACGCCAUCCUUUCCUUGCGCGGUGGAAGGUAGCCGUCAACAAUGAUGGAAGGUUGCAGGCCCUAGACGCAGACGUCUUCUGCAAUGGCGGUUGCACUCAAGAUCUCUCAGGUGCCGUCGUCGAACGGUCAUUGUCACAUAUCGACAAUGUUUAUUCGAUACCAAACAUUCACGUCAGGGGACGGGUAGCAAAGACGAACACAGUAUCAAACACAGCUUUCCGAGGGUUUGGCGGUCCCCAAGGCAUGUUCAUUGCAGAGACGUAUAUGGAGGAAGUAGCAGAUCACCUCAAGAUCCCUGUGGAAAGACUCAGGGAGAUCAACAUGUACGGACCCAACACCAGCAUGACGACACAUUUCAACCAGACGAUGAAGGAUUGGUUUGUACCACUCAUGUACAAGCAAGUCAUGGAUGAGAGCGAAUACAGUCGCAGACGGCAGGAAAUUGAGGAGUUCAACAAGACACACAAAUGGAACAAGAGGGGUCUAGCCAUCAUCCCUACGAAGUUUGGUAUCUCCUUCACAGCACUGUUCCUCAAUCAAGCAGGCGCCCUCGUACAUAUCUACCACGACGGAUCCGUCCUUGUAGCCCACGGUGGCACUGAGAUGGGCCAGGGACUACACACCAAGAUGAUAAUGAUCGCAGCCGAAGCACUCAAAGUGCCCCAGGACAACGUCUUCAUCUCGGAAACAGCAACCAACACCGUAGCCAACACCUCCUCAACCGCCGCCUCCGCCUCCUCCGAUCUCAACGGCUACGCCAUCUGGAAUGCCUGCGAACAACUCAAUGAGCGCCUCCAGCCAUACCGCGAGAAACUCGGUCCCGACGCAACCAUGAAAGACAUCGCCCACGCCGCCUACUUCGACCGCGUGAACCUCUCCGCCCAAGGGUUCUACAAAACCCCCGACAUCGGGUACGUCUGGGGCGAGAACACAGGUCAAAUGUUCUUCUACUUCACGCAGGGCGUGGCCGCGGCGGAAGUCGAGAUCGACACGCUGACGGGCGACUUCACGUGCCGGCGCGCGGACAUCAAGAUGGACGUCGGCCGCAGCAUCAACCCCAGCAUCGACUACGGGCAGAUCGAGGGCGCCUUCGUCCAGGGCCAGGGCCUCUUCACCAUCGAAGAGAGCCUCUGGCACCGCGCCAGCGGCCAGAUCUUCACGAAGGGACCCGGCGCUUACAAGAUCCCGGGAUUCAGGGACAUCCCCCAGGUCUUCAAUGUCAGUCUCCUCAAGGACGUCCAGUGGGAGAAUUUGAGAACCAUCCAGAGGAGUAGGGGUGUUGGUGAACCCCCACUCUUCAUGGGCAGCGUCGUCUUCUUCGCCAUCCGCGACGCCCUCAAGGCCGCACGAGCAGAGUUCGGCGAGCACGACGUCCUCAAGCUGCAGAGUCCCGCUACCCCCGAGAGGAUCAGGAUCUCGUGCGCCGAUCCGAUUCUCAAGAGGGCUUGGGUGGAGCCGAAGGAGGGGGAGAAGAGCUUCUUUGUUGCUAUUUGAUGAUGUUGCUUUUGUUUUGAGUUUGGGGUCUAUGAGUGUCUUUUUGGGGAUCAAGGGAAGUGGGCAAAUGGAUAUACGGGAAUUCUUUGGACAGUCAAAAUUUCUGGCAAGAUACCAUGCAUACGUAACCG